AAGGCGCGGGAGCAGGCUCCCGCGGCGCUGUCAAGGAGCUCGAGGCUGAGGGUGCUCGGGCGGGGAGACCCGGCCGCCGGGCGGCGGGCGCCUCAGCGAUGUUUUACUCAGGGCUCCUCACCGAGGGCGGCCGCAAGGAGACCGACAUGCGGGAGGCGGCAUCCCUGCGGCAGCAGCGCCGGAUGAAGCAGGCGGUGCAGUUCAUCCACAAGGACUCCGCGGACCUGCUGCCCCUGGACGGCCUCAAAAAGCUGGGCUCAUCCAAGGACACGAGGCGCCUCAUGGAAACCAAUCUGUCCAAGCUCCGGAGCAGUCGUGUCCCUUGGGCCUCGAAGACCAACAAAUUCAAUCAGGCUAAGUCUGAAGGGCUAAAGAAGUGUGAAGAUGAUGACAUGAUUUUAGUGUCUUGCCAGUGUGCUGGAAAGGACGUGAAAGCUUUGGUUGACACCGGCUGUCAAUAUAAUCUCAUCUCCUCAGUUUGUGUGGAGAGACUGGGACUAAAGGACCAUGUCAAAUCUCACAAACAUGAAGGAGAAAAGCUUUGUCUGCCGCGGCACCUCAAAGUAGUAGGCCAGAUAGAGCACCUGCUGAUUACAGUGGGCUCUCUCCGGCUGGACUGCCCAGCAGCUGUGGUUGAUGAUAAUGAAAAAACCUUGUCGCUUGGUCUCCAGACUCUUAGAUCCCUGAAGUGUAUCAUAAACUUGGACAAGCACCGGCUGAUUGUGGGGAAGACAGACAAAGAAGAAAUCCCUUUUGUGGAGACAGUUUCUUCAAGUGAAGACAACACCUCAGAAGCGUAA